UUCCCUCUAAACACUGCCCUUGAUUUCCCUCUGUGAGGUGAAAUGCUAGUUAUCUGAAUUGCUGUUGAUUGUGCUUAAAGCGAAGCGCGUAAACUCCUCGUUUUAACGAUGGGGCUUCUUCCUGAAGAAGCAAAUGCACUCCCUCCACCUGGGAUUGCAAAUAGGAAUUCAGCUUGGCUCGGCAUGUCCGGUUUGUUGGUAUCAAUGCUGCACAAUAAUCUGAACCGAAGGCCUGCUAUUAUGUCCGGUCUCCAUCGGCACACCCUACUCACAACAGCGGGGUGGUUUGUUGGCUAUUAUGUCACAAAAAUUGUGAAUUACAAGCAAGCCAAACUGGACCGGGACAUGAUGUCAUAUGCCCGAUCCCACCCUGAAGAAUUUGCUGAAAAAGAGAGGAAGACAUUUGCAGAGAUUGUGGAGCCCUUCCAUCCAAUCCGUUGAUGCAACCAAGAAUGCAUGUGUGGACGUUCCAUGGAUGGCUACAGUCAACUGUUGUGUGAUAGACUGCUUCUAAUACAAUGUAUUGUAAUAUAUGUCAUAAAUAUAAAAAUGUUGUGGUCCA